AUGUAUUCUUUGAUCGUUCUCUUCAUAUUUUAUACACAAUGUGUUGCUGUAAAUAUUCAACGAAUAGAAGUUCCUCCUUUAGUGGAAAUUGGUACGGAGUCAGUAAUUCUAGAUUGUCAAUAUAGUGUUGAUACCGUGACCCCACCCGGCCUCGUGAUGAAAUGGUUUUUUAAUGGAUCGUCAGGCUUAAUUUACCAGUGGAUACCUCCUCUAAGGCCUCAAGUCAUAGGACUGCUUAAGGGAAAAGUUGAUUUGGAUUUUAGAAUAUCAGAGGAGCCAUUACAAGCGUACCGGGCAAUCAAAAUACUGAAACCUACUACCGACCUUAGUGGGAAUUACACUUGCGUGGUAUCUACGUUCAUGCAGGAAGAUCGGCAGACGCGACCCAUGAUUGUGUAUAGUCCUGGUAAAAAUUUUCAUUUUAUGCAAGAAAAAAAAUACGUAUUCUUAGUAACGUUGAUAUGUGUGGCUGAAGACGUGUAUCCUAAACCAGAAAUAAUUAUAUCAGCGCAAGGGAAACCUCUAACCCAAGCCGUAUCUGAAAUGAAAAUGGACUCAUGGGGACUAUACUCAGUAACAACUAAGGCAGUAGUCCAUGAUGACGACGUCAGAGAACCCUAUGAAGAAUAUGUGUGUACUUUAAACUUAUUCCCAGCUAAUUAUACCGUGAACAAAACAACAGUGUACUAUCCAGGGUUGAUGCCAACUGCAUACAUUGCAGCUUACGAAGUCCAGAAGCCGCAAGAACGCCACGCUAAUGGUAACAUCACGAUAUCAAGAAUUACUCGUCUACAAAUCAUGCUGGUGAUCGUGUCAACGAAUUGGUUAAGCAACAUUUUAAGU